AUGGAACGAAACUGUCAGAUUGACUCAGCCUCGGCAUCGCCUAUCUUUAUGCUUCAACACCAAGAUUUAAUGGCCGCCUUGCAGAGCUUUUCUGAGAAGAUACAUCCUUGGUACCCUAUCCUUGAGAGUACGUUCUCGAGGGUCGUUGAAGCAUGUCUGAAGAGCUCUUUCGAGCCAAGCACCGAUUCGUUCUUGGUUCUCAUGGUGCUUGGUAGCGGGGCCGUUGCUCAAGCUCACACCCACAGUACGGCACUCCAUGACAGACCAGACCUAAUGUAUCUCACAACGGCCCUCCGAAUGAUGCACCUCAUAGUGCUUGAACAGAGUCUGCGCAGUUUACAAUGCCUGGCUGCAGCAAGCAUUCACUACUAUCUCCUUCUCAAGCCGCUCCAAGCCCACGACCUGGCAGUUUUGGCCAUCAAGAAAGCCCAGGAUCUAUACUUCACAGGCGCCUUCAAGAACGACAGGAGAAAUCUGGAGCACUUGGUACGCGUAUACCGAUCGGUGCUGCUAAUUGAAGGUGAAUUAGUUGUGCCCCUCAAGCUCGCAGAGAGUAAUGCCUCGGAGUACGAGGAGGAUAUCCCCCUUCCAUCCGGUAUCGACAUUUGGUCGUUUGAAAUUGAACCGGCCACUCCUGACAUGUCUUCCACUGGAAGUAUUGGCAGCCCUCCUUCGGACCAAUUAGCAACUUACCUGCUCGCCCAGAUAGCCAUGAGAAGGAUGUUGCGACGUAACACUACAGCGAUCACCCUUUCAGCAAGAGGCACAUUUGAAUAUGCGCCGAUGAUUGCACGAGAGCUCGAGGAACAGGUUCAUCACUGGUAUUCUCUGUUGCCAGAAUCGUUUCGCUUCUUACCAACGAGCAACCCACCAGAUGAAGAGCGCUCUCCUCAAACAACCUUUCUCUGCACUCAAUAUUGGGCUUAUCUGGUUUCAAUAGCAUGGUCCUCCGUGGUCAAAAUCAUAGACUCUCAAGACAUGGCCGUGGAACUGCAGGACCAAUGCCGCGCCUACUUUCAAUACUACCAUGAAUUUAUCAAGAGCGCCACCUCAGCUUUAACGACCUGUCUACCGAACAAAUGGACCCUCUAUGCGAGUAUUUUCGCCAUCUCGAUUGGUGCUAACAUGGCGGCUUCUAAUCCAUUGCUCGCGUCAUUAGCCACACCAGAAACCUGGACUACGUUGAGACAUGCGUGUGAUGCAUUCGGCGACGAAAGUGAAUACAGUCCGUCUCUUCAAGCGAUGCGUCAGGAUCUUGAAAAGACACUUUCGUCUCUACCAAACGAACACCAAUGA